UCAAAAUUGAUAAUAAUAAAAAAUGUUUCUUAAGCAUCAAAUUAUCAUUUCUGAAGGAUCGUGGUCUGUAGAAAUGGCAAAAUGAAGUCGAAGAGAGUAAACUUAAUCAAAAUGUUUUCUACUGUGAUCUGCUGUUUUCAGAUGACCAAAAUGCACGUCAAAUUAAAGUACCUGUUCAAAAUGAGCAUAAUAAUAUAAUUCAUAGAUGAAUGAGGUUUAGUAGAAAAUUACCAUAGGAAUAAUGUUGUUCUAACUAAUCAUUGAAAUCGUUUAAAUUGUGUUCCGUCUAGAAUAACCUGUUAAUAAAUAAUGUCAAAAUGAUAUUACGAAUUUGUAUUGACACUUCAUAUUUCAGACGCACAAUCCGACCCACACAGCAAACCAAUCCGAUUCUUCUCCGGCAGGAGAUAACUGAGGAGAUCAUGCUGAGUCACUGAACACAGCUCUAUGCCACUGUGUUCCUCCUCCAUCUCUCCUACUCUUCCUCUCAGCUUGUUUCUGCUGCUGUUGCAGCUGUCUCACUGCAGUCCCUCAUCACCACCAGCCUCCCCCCCACUUUGAGUGCCGCAUUGCUGUAUCAAAGUGGGGUGAGUUGAUUACGCACACGGAUUUGGACUGUGCCGCCACCUUUGCAGGAGCACACAGACACUGUCAGUUUGCUGAGGGGAGAACAAGGUCUGUCUGUCAACUGCAGACAGAAGAGAGCUCCACCCGUUCCCAUCCUUUCUUCCUGCCCUGUGUCAUCAUGGGAAAAGAGAAGAUCCACAUCAACAUUGUGGUCAUCGGCCAUGUUGAUUCUGGAAAGUCAACCACCACUGGCCAUCUCAUCUAUAAAUGUGGAGGAAUUGAUAAAAGAACUAUUGAGAAGUUUGAAAAAGAGGCUGCUGAGAUGGGAAAAGGUUCCUUCAAGUACGCCUGGGUUCUGGACAAGUUAAAGGCAGAGAGGGAGAGAGGAAUUACCAUAGACAUCUCACUCUGGAAGUUUGAGACCACCAAGUACUACAUUACUAUAAUAGAUGCUCCAGGACACAGAGACUUCAUCAAGAACAUGAUCACUGGGACAUCUCAGGCAGAUUGUGCUGUUCUAAUUGUUGCAGCUGGAGUGGGUGAAUUUGAGGCGGGCAUCUCUAAAAAUGGGCAAACGAGGGAACACGCCCUGCUGGCCUACACACUGGGCGUCAAGCAGCUGAUUGUAGCCGUCAACAAGAUGGACUCCACUGAGCCGUCCUACAGUGAGAAGCGCUAUGAUGAGAUUGUAAAAGAAGUCAGUGCCUACAUAAAAAAGAUCGGUUACAGCCCAGCCUCCGUACCCUUCGUCCCGAUUUCAGGCUGGCAUGGCGACAACAUGCUGGAAUCGUCCUCUAAUAUGCCGUGGUUUAAAGGCUGGAAGCUGGACAGGAAGGAGCAACAUGCCAGUGGCGUUACUUUACUGGAAGCUCUCGAUACCAUCAUGCCUCCAACACGCCCCACUGACAAACCCUUACGUCUACCCCUACAAGACGUCUACAAGAUCGGAGGUAUAGGGACCGUCCCGGUGGGCAGGGUGGAGACGGGUAUCAUGCGGCCAAGUAUGGUGGUGACCUUUGCCCCAGUCAACAUCACUACAGAGGUGAAGUCGGUAGAAAUGCAUCAUGAGUCUCUGAACGAAGCUCUGCCGGGAGACAAUGUGGGCUUUAAUGUGAAGAACGUGUCUGUAAAAGACAUACGUAGAGGUAACGUGUGUGGGGAUAGUAAGUCAGACCCGCCCCAGGAAGCAUCAGGGUUUACAGCACAGGUGAUCAUUUUGAAUCACCCAGGUCAAAUCAGUGCAGGUUACUCUCCUGUCAUAGACUGUCACACCGCUCACAUUGCCUGUAAGUUCGCUGAGCUUAAGGAGAAGAUUGAUCGCCGUUCAGGCAAGAAGCUGGAAGACAACCCCAAAAACCUGAAGUCUGGAGAUGCCGCCAUUGUGGAAAUGAUCCCAGGAAAACCAAUGUGUGUUGAGAGCUUCUCCCAGUAUCCUCCACUGGGACGUUUUGCUGUCAGAGAUAUGAGACAGACUGUUGCAGUCGGUGUCAUUAAAAGCGUGGAAAAGAAGAUCGGCGGCAGUGGGAAAGUGACUAAAUCGGCACAGAAAGCUCAAAAAUCUGCCAAAUGAAUCUGAAUCUCCCAAUUACAUUGUCAUCUCCGGCCUCAUCUGGGCAUGCUCAGUCUUUUUCCCCCUGUGUGCUUGAAAUAUGCUUGAACCAACUAGAAUUUGAUCAACUGAAGGAAAUAAUGAAAGACCCCUACACGCGUUGCAUGGAUGUCUGUCUGGAUAUAUGCACGGCAUCUAUUAAAUGAAUGUAGCUGGUAUUGCUGAGUAAUGUGUGAGUGUGUUGUGUAAAGAAAUCAGUGGGAAAACUCCACUUUGACCAAUAAUGAUUAAGAUGUCCAAAGGACAUAAACUGCUGAAGUUUUGUAAAGUUUAUAACUAAGCACUGACGAAAAGCUUAUCAGUUCAAAGCAACAUUUGUCUCCUUUCCGACCAUUGCAGUCAAAAGCUAUGAUGAAUAAAUAAAAUGUUUCCAAAGUACAAGAGUUUAUAAA